UAAUUUAGCCUUCAAAGUCUCAAACGAGAAACCAAGGUCGUUGGUCACGGCACGAAUAUCCAAAACGCACAUGUUUUUGUUAACUUUAUUGUUCUUAUAUCCCGUUCACGUCGAAUAUAAACACAUAUCUUUCUAGAUCUCUCUCUCUUCCCCCCUUUGAUUCCUUCAAAUCCGCAUCAAACCUUCAAUUAGAAACCAGAUUAGAUCAAGGGUUUGACUUUCUUUCACCCAAAUGCUGCAUCUUAAUUUUGACUUCAAGAUUUGAUUUCUUGAUUCUUCAACAACAAACAAACAAAUCUUGAAAUUACCAUCUCCAAUUUCAAAAAAGUUUUGAUUUUUAUAAUACCCUUUUCGAUUUUCUGAGGUUUGAUAAUUGAUAUGGAUAGAAAUGGAGAUUUGAUCAUGACAGAUGAUGAUGGGUCUCAAGCGAAUGUUCAAUAUGUUGGCGGUGAUGAACAACCGCCAAUUUUGACUUGUACUUUCUUUUUGGAUCAUGUUGGAGAGGUUUUUCUUACCCUUAAACCAGAUGGGUUAUCUUGGAAAUUGAUGGAAUCCCUUUGCAAUGUUAGUUUUCCAGGACCAAGUGGACCGUUCAACGUGUUUAGGAAUACCGAUUCUAUCCAAACAUGAUACCUCAAUCAAGAUUUCAGAUGUUUAUGCUGUUGAGUUUAUAGAUUGGGGUUUGGUGCAUGAUACCCUUCUCACAAACCCUGGAUUCCUAUUGGGUCAUGCAUCCGAGAUGUAUCGGUUCACGGUGCAUGGUGUAGCGAGGUCAAAAAGUCAAUCGUCUCUGUGGGCUCCGGUUGUUUAUACAUUUGGUCAUGUGGAUAAGCAAACGUGUCAAACGUGGGUCAACAAGAUAAACUCUUUUCUAAGCUUGGAAACGGAUCGACCUAAGAGCCUUCUGGUUUACGUUAAUCCAGGAAGCGGAAAAGGAAACGGCUGUCGAACAUGGGAAAGUGUAGCUCCAAUCUUUUCUCAAGCUAAAGUGAAAACAAAGGUUAUUGUUACAGAAAGGGCCGGGCAUGCUUUCGAAGCGAUGGCUUCUAUUACAAACCUCGAGCUUAAUAUGUACGAUGGAGUUGUAGCCGUUGGUGGUGAUGGAUUUUUUAACGAGAUUCUUAACGGGAUUCUAUUGACAAGACAUAGAGCUCCUUAUCCACCUUCCCCUCCAAAUGACGAUCCAACUGUUCAAAACGAAAGUGAUGUAUUACUUCAUGACCCCACGGUAACCAUUGUGGACUCUACGGUUUCUAAUGACGACGAGUCUCCUCUUCUUAAAAGGUCAAAACUCAACGAAUCACAAGCCAUAAGUCUCAAUCUAGAUUCUGAAAUGUCUUUUCCAAAUGAACGAUUUCGAUUCGGGCUUAUUCCUUCUGGUUCCACUGAUGCUAUCGUAAUGUGCACAACUGGGGUGCGGGAUCCGAUGACGUCAGCGCUGCAAAUUAUCUUGGGUAAAAGGGUAUGCCUUGAUAUAGUUCAAGUCGUGAGAUGGGAUAAAUCACACGCGUCCAAGAACGAGCCUCAUGUACGCUAUGCAGCUUCCUUUGCUGGUUAUGGAUUUUACGGAGACGUUAUUACAGAGAGCGAGAAAUACCGGUGGAUGGGGCCGAAGAGAUACGACUAUGCCGGAACAAAAGUGUUCCUUAGGCACAGGUCGUAUGAGGCAAAAGUAGCGUAUAUGAAAGCGGAAUCAGAAAAGACGAAUGUGGGUGCGAAUGCAAGAAGGAUAAAAGCGUUUUGGGGUUUAUCUAAAGAGUCAGAAAGAGUCGCUUGCCGGGCCAAAUGUGAUAUUUGUAAUGACGCAUCAGCGGGCCAACAAAUAGAAAAACCUGACCCGAAACAAGAAUCGAAUUGGGUUAGCGUUAAAGGACGGUUUCUUAGCAUUGGGGCUGCUGUUAUCUCGUGCAGAAACGAAAAGGCGCCUGAUGGAUUGGUUGCUGAAGCACACCUUUCCGAUGGUUUUCUGCAUCUUGUUUUGAUCAAAGAGUGCCCUCGUGCUUUCUAUUUGUGGCAUCUCACUCAGUUAGCAAGAAAGGGUGGGACCCCCCUGAAUUUCGAUUUCGUAGAACACCAUAAAACUACAACUUUCACAUUCACGUCUUCCGGGGAGGAAAGCGUUUGGAAUGUAGACGGCGAGAUUCUUCAAGCUCAAAAACUCUCCGCACAAGUCUUUCGCGGUCUUAUUAGUUUGUUUGCUUCUGGGCCCGAAACGUGAGAUUGACGAUUUUGUCCCUGAUGUAUUUUCCUUCCCAUGUAAUUAUUUGUAUAUAUGUAUACGGAAACUCUACCCUUUUUAGUCUUCUUUUUCGGAUAAUUACUCAUUUUUGUGGCGACAUUGUGAAAAAUAGCAUCGAGUUCUUAAAGUCUUAUAAAAGUUACAGAAUUUGUUUA